AUGUCGCACGAAAUGUCCCACCUCGGCCCUCGGGCCUUCAACCACGAACAGAGCAGCGACGCCGAGGCCGAGUACGACCGCCUCCGCGACCUGGCUCGCCAGGAAGCCACCAAGCGUGGCAACUGCUUCCACCAGUCCCAGGAAGCCUACUCGAGCGGUGAUGGCGCCGGCGCCAAGCAGUACUCCGAGGAGGGCAAGGCGCACGGGCGCAAAAUGGAGGAAUACAACAAGCAAGCUUCCGAGUUCAUUUUCCGCGAGAACAAUGCCAGUGGGCGCGUAGCCGCCGACACGAUCGAUCUGCACGGUCAAUUUGUUGAGGAGGCGGAGGAGAUUCUGGAGGAGCGCAUCAAGUAUGCGAAGGCGCAUGGUCAGACCCAUUUGCACGUUAUCGUCGGCAAGGGCAACCACUCUGCUGGACAUAUUCAAAAGAUCAAGCCGCGCGUCGAGAGGAUCUGCGAGGAGUUGGGGCUGCAGCAUGCCACUGAGGAGAAUUCUGGUCGUAUCUAUGUGAACUUGACUGGUGGCGAGGCUGUUAUGCCUCAGUACCCGCAACACCAGCAACAGCAGUCGCAAUACCAACAACCACAACAGCACCAGCAGUACCCUGGACAGCAGCACCAGCAGCAACAGCAACAGCAACAACAGCAGCCCGAUGAGCUUGAGCAGGCUGUUAAUGCUUUGUUGCCGAAGAUUAUGCAGAAGCUGGAGAAGGCUUGCUGUGUGGUUAUGUAG